UAAGACCUUUAAACAGGUUAACAUUCGCAAGGCUGCACGGCCAGACGGAAUACCAGGACACUUUCUCAGAGCAUGUGCUAACCAGCUGGCAAGUGUCUUCACAGACAUUUUAUCCCUGACACGGUCUGCAAUACCAACUUAUUACAAGCAGACCACAAUAGUCCCUGUACCCAAGAACGCCAAGGUAACCUGCCUAAAUUACUUUUGCUAUGAAACGCUUUGAAAGGCUGGUCAUGGCUCACAUCAACACCAUCAUCCCAAACACCCUGGACCCACUCAAAUUCGCAUACCGCCCAACAUAUCCACAGAUGAUGCCAUCUCUAUUGCACUCCACACUGCCCUCACCCACCGGGACAAAAGCAAUACCUAAUGUAAGAAUGCUGUUCAUUGACUACAGCUCAGCAUUCAGCAUCAUAGUACCCUCCAAGCUCAUCCCCAAGCUCUGGACCCUGGGAAUGAACGCCUCCCUCUGCAACUGGAUCCUGGACUUCCUGACGGGCCGCUCCCAGGUGGGGAGGGUAGGCAACAACACAUCCUCCACACUGAUCAUCAACACGGAGGCCCCUCAGAGGUGUGUGCUUAGUCCCCGCCUGUACUCUCUGUUCACCCACAACUGUGUGGCCAUGCACGACUCCAACACCAUCAUCAAGUUUGCUCACGACUCAACGGUUGUAGGACUGAUCACCUACGACGAUGGGGCAGCCUAUGGGGAGGUCAGAGACCUGGCAGUGAGGUGCAAGGACAAGAACCUCUCCCUCAACGUCAGCAAGACAAAGGAUCUUAUUUGUGGACUACGGGAAAAGGAGAGACGAGCACGCCACAUCGGUGGGGCUGUAGUGGAGCGGGUCGAGAGUUUCAAGUUCCUUGGUGUCCACAUACACACAGUUGUGAAAAGGGCACGAAAGUGCCUAUUCCCCCUCCGGAAGCUGAAAAGAUUUGGCACGAACCCUCAAAUUCUCAAGUUCUACAGCUGCACCAUUGAGAGCAUCUUGACUGGAUACAUCACCGCUUGGUAUGGCAACUGAAGGGCACUCGACCGCAAGGCGCUACAGAGGGUGCAUCUGCAGCCCCUCCACUAUCCCAGGAGACAGGCGGUCCAGCGGGCAGAAUCCGAUGGAAUAGCCGGGCCCCGGCAGCUACCCCAACACUGCAGCAGCAGCAUCACUUCCACUCCCAGACAGGAGCCACAGAAUACCAAAUUCGUUACUUACAAACCGCCUUUCAUUCCCCUUUAAUACACACAGCCCUGAUUCUCAGGGACGGAGACAUUCCUAACUGACCGGGGAACAGAGACGGAGUGGGCAGGGGGAAGCCAGGGAUCGGCGGGCACACAUAAUAGUUCUGGAUCUGGAAGGGUGUCAGCGAUGCAAAGAAUUCUCCCUCUCCAUUGGGGCGAGCACAACACAGCAGCGGUACCUCGCUUUUAGCAUAGGGCCCGCCAACCACAAAGCUAGCCAACCAGCCUGCCAGCCAGCCAGGCAGUGACUGAGUGAGUUAGCAUUGCAGCCAGCCAGACACCCAGCUACCCAACCAGCUACCCAUCAAGCCAGCCAGCCCAAACCUCAUUCUGAGAGCUGGGCCAAGGCUAGGGUCAGUCAUCAGUCCCCCCUCCCUGCUCUCCUCUCCUCUCCUCCAUAAAGGGACGGCAGGAGAGAAAGGGGCCUCCUUUUGUCCACUCCAGAUUAGUCAACACAGGGGGAGGGCCGAGACUGAGAGAAGAGGGCAUUUGAUUUCUCCUAACGCAAUAUCUGUAGAUCACAAAACAGUGUUUUUAGCAGGAGUAUUUAUCGGGAUAGAAAGACGUGAACAAAGCAACUUCCUCCCACGGUUUUCUAUUCAACUCUUUCCAGUAAACAUGUGGCAAGGCCAAAUGAAGAAAGGCCAAAUGUCAACAUUUGGCUUAAAGGUCACCAGUCCCUAUUUGAGUCCAAACAAAAAACACAACGCUCUAUCAUAAAACUCAAACCGGUCACUUCACAACAUAUAGGACAACAUACAAUUGUGGUUCAGUCUGACCGUGUAUGUGGUCCCAAACGUUCCAUUUACUGAAAACGGACACGUUUUUAUUCCAAGCCUGGUGAAUUGACAUGAAACCUUGAAGAAAGGCAAAAAAACAGAUCGGCUCAGCUAAACCCAGCCAACUUAACCCUGGCUACUUAACCCAGCCUAUUCAACACAGUGUAACCUAUAGCCAAACCCAGCUAAACCCAGCCAACUUAACCCUGGCUACUUAACCCAGCCUAUUCAACACAGUGUAACCUAUAGCCAAACCCAGCUAAACCCAGCCUACUUAACCCUGGCUACUUAACCCAGCCUAUUCAACACAGCGUAACCUAUAGCCAAACCCAGCUAAACCCAGCCUACUUAACCCUGGCUACUUAACCCAGCCUAUUCAACACAGCGUAACCUAUAGCCAAACCCAGCCUACUUAACCCUGGCUACUUAACCCAGCCUAUUCAACACAGCGUAACCUAUAGCCAAACCCAGCUAAACCCAGCCUACUUAACCCUGGCUACUUAACCCAGCCUAUUCAACACAGCGUAACCUAUAGCCAAACCCAGC